GGCCGCGCUGAGGGGGCCCAGCCCUGCCCCUCGAGAACAGGCCUAGAAGAGGCUGAUUUUGACGGGCAGAACUAAAGACAAGUCUCAACGGCGGCCCAAACCCCCGGUCCCGACAUUAAAGGUCUCAACUCCUAAAGUCUUAGCGGACCGAGGGUCGCGAGUUGACUCAAUCUCCACGCCUUUAUCAGGAGAGUCGUUUGCCAAAAUCGGAGACCAAGAAAGAGAAAGAUUGUGUGGAUCAAAGUCCACAAUUAACCAGAGAGGAAACACGAUUUUGUGACAAAUGGGAUGUGCGGUGUGAGAGAAAGAUCGGUGUCCAAGAGAACUCUGUUUUGGCCUGAGCAAACGGAGCGUCAACUAAGGUUCUGGCUCUACUUCUUCCACUACAAGCUUUAGCAUGGCAGUAUCUCCCAGCGCUUCCUCCAGUUGGAGGACAGAAAUGAGCAUCCUAGAAACCAACCAGUACUUGCGCUCCCAGCUGGAAGAAAGUAAACAGAACUUCCGAGAUCUCACAGAGAAAUUCCUUACAUCCAAAGCUACUGCUUACUCCCUGGCCAACCAGCUGCAGAAAUACAAGUGUGAAGAGUACAAAGACAUCAUUGAGUCUGUUCUGGAGGAGGACACGCAGUUUGAGGAGGGGAAGCUGGCAGAGAAGAUGAGACCAGCUGCAAGGCUUGGGAAAUAUGAUCCCCUAAUUCAGGCUCAAGCUCAAGAACUGACCCACUUACGACAGAAGAUACAGGAAGGAAAAAGUAUCUGUUAUCUUUUCACCCAGCAUGCAAAGAACACAGUCAAGUCUUUUGAGGGCCUCCUCAGAAGCACUGACAUUGCCUACUCCCAGCGACAGAGAUUAUGUGAGCAACUGGCCCAAGGAAGCCAGCUGGCAGAGAGCCUUGCCAGCAAACUCACCACUGAAAAUCAUACUGAUAAGAAGGAUGAAGAUGGACAGGAGCCCCUGGUACCCAGGUAACUGUGAAUAAUGAAAGGGCUGAUAAUGGAAUAGUGAAAUCUAGAGAGGAUUCCAGAACUAGAGAUCAAAAGGCCAAAGGUCCCAGAUCCAGGAAGAAACAGAAAUUGCUGAUUGUACCUAUUUCAAAUUCAUUCAUCAUACAAUAAUGUGUCCUU